GCGGCCAUGGCGGCAACCGGGGGAGUGCGGCCGGGAGUGGUGCUGGGAACCAUGGAAAUGGGGCGUCGGGCAGGGCCUGAAGUCAGCGCCACGCUUCUCCGUGCUUUUGUCCGGCGUGGUUAUCGCCUCCUCGACACCGCUUAUAUGUACGCGGGGGGAGAGUCGGAGAAAAUCUUAGGCGCGCUGCUGGCUGAUGGCACGGAGCCCGUGGAAGUUGCCACCAAAGCCAACCCCUGGGAUGGGAAGACUCUGAAGCCUGACAGUGUGCGAUCACAGCUGCACACAUCCUUGGAGAGGCUGAAGAGGAAGAGUGUGGAGCUCUUCUACCUCCAUGCCCCUGACCACGACACCCCAGUGGAGGAAACGCUGCGUGCCUGCAAUGAGCUGCACAAAGAAGGAAAGUUUAAAGAACUUGGUCUAUCAAACUAUGCUGCAUGGGAGGUGGCAGAAAUCUGCACCAUCUGCAAAUACAACAACUGGGUGAUGCCAACUGUCUACCAGGGCAUGUACAAUGCCACCACUCGCCAGGUGGAAGCUGAGCUCUUCCCAUGCCUGAGGUACUACGGACUGCGCUUCUACGCCUACAACCCACUGGCAGGAGGGCUGUUGACUGGCAAGUACAAGUAUGAAGACAAAGAGACACAGCCCACAGGAAGGUUUUUUGGGAACGACUGGGCUCAAGCCUACAGGAACAGGUACUGGAAGAAACACAAUUUUCAAGGCAUUGACUUAGUAGAAAGAGCUCUGAAAGAUGCUUACGGCUCCAGUGCGCCGAGCCUGACCUCUGCUGCUUUGCGUUGGCUGUACCAUCACUCCAAACUGCAGGGUUCUCUUGGAGAUGCAGUGAUUGUUGGGAUGUCCAACCUGGAGCAGCUAGAGCAGAACCUUGACUGCAGUGAGGAGGGCCCCCUGCUGCCAGCCGUGGUGGAGGCAUUUGACAAAGCCUGGAACCUGACUGCACACGACUGCCCCAACUACUUCCGCUAGAGCCCGGGGGAGGGGUGAGA